CCACGCCCCAGACGUAGAAGACGAAAAAGGUCACCUUGUGCUAAGCAGACAAGGUAGAGGAUUGUGGACGGUGGUGAUGAGAUGUGAAUGAGUGAGAGAGACAUCACAAGAUUGAAUGAUAGACUACUGAGCGCUGUGAGAAGCAAGUCACGUGAUGAGGUUGAAGGUCUACUGGAUGAAGGAGCUGAAGUGGAUGCGUGUAAUGAAUUUGGAGACACUGUACUGAUAAUAGCUUGUAGGAAUGGCUCCAAGUCAUUAGUUGAGCUUUUGUUGUCUAGAGGGGCAGAUAUCAACAGAACUGAUAAAUGGGGUGAAACUGCUCUAAUGACCACAGCAUGUAGAGGUUACGAUGAAAUCAUUGAUAUCCUGUUAGCUGCAAAAGCAAAUGUUAAACAGGAGACUGAGGUGAGUGUUUCCAUGUGUUGCAGUUGAACUGUUGUAUUGUAUUACUUUGAAUAAACAUUGUGGUAUUUCACACCCAUAACUCAGAACAAAAAGCACAUGCCAAAACACGUGGAGCACGCUAGGAGUAGGACUGGGUAUGAGUCUAAUAAAAGUGUAGCAUUUAAAGUUACUAGGAGAAUGUAUCCGGUUAUAAUAUCGGGGAAUUACGUGACUUUGGACAUCUACAAGAUUGCAUGUACACACCACUACCCUUAACGUGUACAAAAGAGUAAAUAGCAGAAAGUGGGACGUAAAUAACUGUGUUUUUGUUGUAUGUACAUGCAGAUAAUACAAGAAGAUAAGCUAAAAGGUUGAAUUUGUUGUCAUCAUGUGGACCUCGUAUAUUAAGUUAAUAAGAUUGCUGUCUUGGUAUAUUUUCUAUAACUCUUCUUAGCCGACGAAAUGAACCUCUAACUGCUGGCGGAGGUUUGUAUGAACCCUUAACCUCCAGACCUGUGUUUAUCUAAUAUUUUUGUUAAUAUUUUAGAUGCAAUGUUUACAUGAGGUUGUUGUUUAUUGAUUACUUUUGUCUUUCUUUUGGAAGUGU